AUGUCCAUCUGGGAAGUCCGCAACAACAAGCAAAACUUCACCUACUCCAAGGUGAUGCUCUGGGUCGCCUUCGACCGCGGCCUCCGCCUCGCGGACAAACGCAACUUCCCCUGCCCCAACCGCAGCAAGUGGCUCGAGGCCCGGGACAACCUCAUGGAGGAGAUCAUGGACAAAGGCAUCAUCAAUCUCACUAACACGACGAUCCCAGGCUACAACAAGGAGAUGAAAUCCUUCGUCCAAAGCUACGAGAACAACACAAUGAUCGACUCCUCCAUCCUCAUCGCCCCGCUGGUCUUCUUCAUCGCCCCCAACGACCCGCGCUUCCUCAACACAAUGGACCGCAUCCUCCUGCCCCCGGAGAAGGGCGGCCUGACCAGCACAGGCCUCGUCUACCGCUACGACACGGAGCUCUCGGAAGACGGCGUCGGCGGGCGCGAGGGCGCCUUCAGCAUGUGCACCUUCUGGCUCGUCGAGGCCAUGACUCGCGCCUCCGUCUACGAGCCAAAGUACCUCGUCCGCGCCGUCAACCUCUUCGAGAACAUGCUCAGCUUCUCCAACCACCUGAGCAUGUUCUCCGAGGAGAUCGCCCGCAGCGGCGAGCAGCUCGGCAACACGCCCCAGGCCUUCAGUCACCUGGCCCUCAUCAGCGCCGCCUUCAACCUCGACCGUGUCACCGAGUUUAUGCGUUAA